UAAAGUUUAACUUAAUAACAACACUGCCAUUGACGUUUGGGUAGGGGCAGCUACUGCUCUGCAAAUGCAAGCCGCCCUUCCGUUUUGGUGGUGCAAAAUACUAUACUCUAAAUCAAAGGAAAACAAAUUGCAGCGGUUGUGAUUCUCAAAUUUAUAUAACUUUCUCAGUCUCCAAUUCUAAUUUUUGAAAUUGCAACAAUGAUCUCUCGUACACGCAAUUUAAUCUCGAAGCUCCCCCUCCGCUGCAAUUCAUCUUCUUUCUUCAUCUCUCCGCCUCCUUUCAACCCUAAGUUCAUCGCUUCCACAACUUUGGGUUCCAUCCAAUCCCAUCCCUCUCCCUCUCUCUCAACCCUAAACCAAAUCGCUUCUCACUUCUACUCUGUUAGAUCACUCUCAUCGUGUUCUUGUUCCAAACCCAAAGCGCCGCUUAACCUCAAUUGUUCUUCAAUUGAACGAACCCAAAGUGUACUACUUGGUCCCAGAUAUCUUUCAACAAUUUCUUCUUCUUCUAGCCCUGGCCCAAAAUCCGACGAUGAGAAAUCACACACCAGUAGCAGUGAAUCCCAUCCGAGUCAAAACCCUGAUUUCAAGCACCAAGAAAUCGAGGGACCAACUGUGGAACGUGAUUUAUCAGCAUUGGCUAAUGAGACAAGAGAGGUUCUUGAAGCAAUGAUGAAGAACAUAUAUGGACUUAGUAAAGCAGUGGCUGUUCUGGGUCUGGUCCACCUUGGUCUUGGAGCUUGGAUAUCCUAUGCUUAUGGUUCUGGAGCACACCCAUUAGGUGAGGUUUCCGUUCAAAGUAUCUUGGCAUUUGGGUUCCCUUUUACGCUGGCGUUUAUGCUGCGGCAAUCAGUGAAGCCAAUGUACUUCUUCAAGAUGAUGGAGGAGCGAGGUAGGCUACAGAUUCUGACUCUUACUCUUCAGGUUGCUAAAAGCUUGAAUGUUUUGUUUGUUCGGUUCCGUGUGGUUUCUGUGUUGUGUAUUGCAGGGGCGUCAAUUGGGUUGUUGUUCAACGUGUUAUCUAAGUGAACCUUUUGAAUAUUUCAGAUUUGAGCUCCCUGUUUCUGUUUCUACUGAAUGUGUUAUGUGUUGCCUAACUAGCGAUAAGAUGAUAGUUUUUGUUGGUUAAAAAUAGAACAUACACGGGACGAAAUAUCUCCUUAUGUUACAUUUGCUAAUAAUAAUGCUGUGACUUCCUUGUUGAUUUCA